AUGACCAGUUUCAGAGGUUUUCAGCGUGUGUUCGGACUGAAAAUCGAGCAGACUUUCAGAACGACUGACUAUGAGGAAUGCGACGAAUGUGUGCAUCAGAAUUCCAUUGGCGACAUUCCUCAUUCAUCAGUUUUCUCAUUGGCUGUUCAGCAGAUCUCGAGUUGAACAGCUAGUCCUGGUAAGUCGGCGUUGCGAAUUGUCCCCGUUCAGCCGAGGUUCCCCUCAGAUAUUCACCGCCUAUCCGCAGUUCCAGUACCCUUACCGGGCUGCGAAAGAUCUCGCAACUCUCCAGAAGUUGACUCGUUUCUGGCCACCUCAUCAGGGAUCCGGACUCGGAGAGUUCUCGAUCGCAUUCACCGUUUCGCUCAUUCUCUUCAUCAGGUAUUCGUCAGUUUCUCUUCUUUCAAAUUCCUCUCUUUCAGACUGAUCGACGUUCCAACAGUGCUGCAGUCGGUCUUCGGUUAUCGCUACGAUUCAAAGAUUCUCAACUUCGUUCUGACGCCAAUCUACGCUUCCGUCAUCCCGUUUCUUCUCCUUCUUCCCAUGAUGAGACUCGCUGAAAUGCACAUUUUCGUGCUCCUCCUCAACUUUUUCCACAUUCUUGUCUCUUCUUAUUUUGUUUUUACGGUGUGGUUCUUCUUGAAGUCUAGAAGCGAAAAUUCGAAAGAAAAGACUGAAUAG